AUGGAUAAAGUUUCUUUUCGUGUCAAUGGCAUCAGUUAUUCGGUUGGAUCUGAAGUCAGUUCCACCACUACUCUGCUGGAGUACCUCCGCCGGACCCUGAAUCUCCGCGGGACAAAGUACAACUGCUUGGAAGGUGGUUGCGGCGCCUGUAUUGUUAGCGCCGCCAAAUGCCAUGGGGAGGUCCCACAAGGCGUCAAUGCUUGCAUGGUCUCGAUAACAUCAUGUCAGGACUGGGAUAUCGAGACUAUAGAGAAAGUUGGGAAUCGUUUGGACGGAUAUCAUCCUCUGCAGAAAACCCUCGCAGAGACAAACGGGUCACAGUGUGGAUAUUGCUCCCCGGGGAUGGUCAUGAAUAUGUACAGUCUGAUGAAAUCACGAAAGCUGACAAUGCUUGAAAUCGAAAAAUCUUUAGCUAGCAAUGUUUGUCGAUGUACAGGAUACAGACCAAUAUGUGACGCCUUCAAGAAGUUUGCGUCAGAUGCUUCUAAACCUUUGAAUAUACCAGAUAUUGAAGAUUUGAAAAUAUGCGAAAAAUCUGGAGAAGUCUGCUCUGAAACUAGUUGUGAUGAAUAUGACUGGUGUAUGGUAUCUCGCAAUGAAGUUAUAAGUGAAAAAGUGCACAUAAGAUUAUCUGAUGAUAGAGAUUGGUAUAGAGUUUUUACAUUAUUGGAUGUGUUUGCUAUAUGGCAAGAAAAAGGAAUUCUGUCGUAUAUGCUUGUUGCGGGGAAUACUGGAAAAGGUGUAUAUCCCAUUUUGGAAUAUCCAAGAGUGCUUAUAGACAUCAGUUGCAUAACAGAAUUAAAAAGUUACCGCGUGGACCAAAAUUUAAUUCUUGGUGCUGGGAUUACGCUCACUGAAAUUUUAGAUAUAUUUUCAACUGUGUCCAACAUUGAUAAUUUUGGCUAUCUCAAAGUUCUUAAUGAUCACAUUAGCCUUGUUGCACACGUUACAAUCAGAAACCUAGGGACUAUUGCAGGCAAUUUGAUGCUGAAACACCGUAAUCGUGACUUUAAGUCAGAUAUUUUUCUUCUUUUUGAGACAGUUGGUACCCAAUUGAAAAUCAUGGUAUCUUCCUCGACAUAUAAAGUUUUGACUAUGCAAAAUUUUUUGAAUGAAGAUAUGACGGGCAAAAUCAUAACCAACGUUCUUUUGCCACCGCUAAGUAAAGAGCAUAAAUUAGUAACUUACAAGAUAAUGCCUCGAGCGCAAAACGCGCAUGCUAUUGUUCACGCUGGUUUUCUUUACCACAUUGAUCCAGCAACCAAAGUCAAAGACUGUAGAAUUGUCUAUGGAGGUCUUUCUCAAACAUUCACUCGAGCGACGAAUACUGAAAAAUAUUUAGUUGGAAAAAAUUUGUUCAGGAACGAAACGUUGCAAGGAGCUAUAAAUGUAUUACAAAAUGAGAUAGUGGUGACAGAAAGCCUUCCUGAUCCACCAGUUGAAUACAGACGAGGAGUUGCUUUAGGAUUGUUCUACAAGGGUCUUCUCUCAUUAUGCCCAACGCACAUACUUAAUAAGCGGCAUGUGUCCGGAGCUACAAAGCUGAACGAAACAAGACCUGUCUCAGAAGGAAGCCAAAUAUAUGACACUAAUCCUUCACUAUGGCCGCUGAAUCAACCUAUUCCUAAGCUGGAAGCAUUAAUUCAAUGUGCAGGCGAAGCUACAUACACAGAAGAUGUACCAACUCUUCCAAGGGAAGUCUUUGCAGCAUUCGUUCUAACUACAAUAGCUUUAGGAACAAUAGAUAAAAUUGACCCUAGCCAAGCAUUGCAAGAACCUGGAGUUAUUGCAUUUUAUUCAGCGGCAGAUAUACCUGGCGAAAAUAGUUUCACACCAGCUCCGAGCAUAUUUGGUCAAAAAAACGAAGAAUUGCUAUGUAGCGGAGAAGUCAAAUAUUUCAAUCAACCCCUGGGUAUUAUAGUAGCUGAAUCUCAAAGUAUAGCACAAAAGGCUGCUAGUUUAGUUCAUGUAACUUACACAAUUACGGGGAAACCUGUUGUCGAUAUAAAAAUAGCUAAAAAUGACCCUGCCAAAGUUACGCUAUUAAAUUCAAUUGUAGCUACGAAAACUGGAACUGAUAUAACAAAGGUAAUAAAAGGUGAGAAUACAAUUUACGGGCAAUACCACUUCAGUAUGGAAACACUAGUAUGUGUAACACAUCCGAUCGAAGAAGGUUUGAGAGUUUAUUCAGCAUCGCAAUGGAUUGAUGCAGCACAGCAAAUGCUGAAGAGAGUACUAAAAAUAAAUCAAAACAGUGUUGACAUUCAUGUUCGUCGGCUUGGUGGCAGUUACGGAUAUAAAAUAAGUCGUUCUAUCCAAAUAUCUACAGCAUGUGGUUUGGUCUCGUAUAAACUCAAUCGUCCAUGUCGAUUCAUACAAUCCCUUACUAAUAAUAUGAGAGCGAUGGGAAAAAGAAUGCCGUGUACUACAAGCCUAGAGAUUGCAGUAAACGGAAGUGGAGUUAUUCAGUACGUAAAUUGUGAACUGUAUGGCGAUAAUGGUUAUAUAUUUAAUGAACCCUUACUUCAGUUGGGUCUUGAUGCAUACAAUAAUUGUUACAAUAAGGAAUCUUGGAAUUACAAAGCUUACAAUGCGGUGACUGAUACUCCAUCAAAUACUUGGUGUCGAGCUCCUGGUAAUUUGGAAAAUGUAGCUAUGGCAGAGUCCAUACUAGAGAGAAUAUCUUAUGAGUUAAACUUAGAUCCAUUCGAUGUACGUUUGACUAACUUGGAUACAGUUAGUCACCAUGACUUGCAAGAAAUGGCGGAAACGAUUAAAAAUAACUCGCAAUAUGUUGAAAGGAAAGCUGCAGUUGAAAAAUUCAAUUCAGAAAAUAGAUGGAAGAAACGUGGUUUACGACCGAGUUUCCUUCGAUAUACUCCUUUGGGGUAUCAAUAUUUAAAUAUGAACAUGUCUGUGUAUAAUGAUGAUGGUACUGUAGCAAUUUCACAUGCUGGUAUUGAAAUGGGUCAAGGAAUAAAUACAAGAGCUGCUCAAGUAUGUGCUCAUUUUCUAAAUAUACCUUUGGAGAAAAUUCAAAUAAAACCAAACGAUACCACAAUUGGACCAAAUGUCCUUCCGACGGGUUCCAGCUUGACGUCUCAAAAUAUCACUAUUGGUAUUCGAAGAUGUUGUGAAGAACUGUUAAGCAGAUUAGAACCAGUCAAGAGUUUGUUGACUAAUCCCACUUGGGAAGAAUUAAUAAAAAAGGCUUAUGAAUUGCAGAUUGAUUUACAAGUACAUACUUUAGUUAAUACAGCAGAUAUUGUGAGUUAUCAUAUUUAUGGAAUAGCUCUGGCUGAAGUUGAAGUUGAUGGACUCACUGGAGAGUGGCAGUUUAUAAGAGCAGAUAUACUCGAAGAUGCUGGUCAAAGUGUCAAUCCUGAAAUAGAUGUUGGGCAGGUUGAAGGUGCUUUUAUCAUGGGGACUGGUUAUUGGACCUGUGAGAAUUUAGUGUUUGAGCCUAACACGGGAGAGUUGCUUACGAAUAGCACUUGGGACUACUGGGUGCCCCAAGCUAGAGAUAUACCACAAGAUUUCCGUAUUUAUUUUAGAAAACGGUCUUUAAGUAGUGAUGUUAUUCUUGGUGCAAAAGCAACUGGCGAACCGGCUACCUGUAUGGGAGUUGUAGUGUCUUUUGCAUUGAGGGCUGCCAUUGCAGCCAUGAGGCUAGAAUCUGGAUUACCUAUUACUCAGUGGUUCCCCGUUGAUGGACCAUUCACCGUGGAUAAAAUUGGUGUGUCAUGCGCAGUCAGGGUGGAAAAUUUUAAAUUUUAUUAAUUACUAGCUAAUUUAUAUUGGCUUCUUACGGAGG